UGGAUUCCAGUUCUUGCUUGCUUCUCUUCUUAACCCUAACUCUGCGCCAUCUGCAUGUGUUUGAGAGUGAAGCAGAUAUGGGAAGGAUAUCCUCUGAACCCCAGAAAGAAACUACAACUACCCAUUUCAGCCAUCCACACCCCUUGAAGCUCAUCAAUUAUCAACAAACCCUAAACUCAGCUUCUUCUUGCCCAGGAUGCAACCUCAAACCCUCUGGUAUGAUCUACUCUUGCACAACCUGCCACUUUUUCCUCCACAAGAAAUGCUUCGAAAUGCCUAAGAAAAUCACUCACCCUUUUCACAAGGAGCACGCUUUCACACUCCUGCCGGAGCCCGCUUAUGCUGAAGGCCUCUUCAACUGUGAUGCCUGCGGCGAAACGGGCAAUGGCUUCUCCUACCAUUGCAAACCGUGCGGCAUUGAUUUGCAUAUACUUUGUGCGGCGAUGCCCUUAUCCCUCACACAUGUCUGUCACAUGCACGUGCUCGCUCUUACUUUUGGGUCACCUUAUGGUGACAAGGUUUUUAGUUGCCACAUAUGCAAGGGCCCUGGUUCGGAUCACUGGCUUUAUAGGUGCAAUUUAUGUGGAUUUGAUGCGCAUUUGAACUGCGCCAGACGCGUUCAGCCUGUCCAGCCUCCUGUGCAGAACAGGAAUGACACGAAUUUCAUGGCUUUUCAGUCUCAAGGGCCGAUGCCACAACAGGCAGCGACAUGCUCCAGAUCCGUUCCCUGGCCUAAUCAGCCUCAGGUCAUCAGGCCGCAGUUUGUUGCUGCGACGCCUCAGCCGAUGCAGCCGAAUUUCAUGCCUAAUCCCAUGAUGAAUACUGCUGCUGUUGGUGUUCCAGCAGGAGGCCUUGCUAUGCCUCCCUCUGGGUUUAACAGAAACAGCAAUGAAUUUGCCAUUCAGGCCAUUCAGCAAAUGACUAAUAGCAAUCAUGCCGUGGCUCAGGCGAUGCUGGCAGGCGGUACUGGGGGCAUUGGAGCCAGUUUUGGUGACAGGGGAAGACAACAGCUAAUGCAAUUGAUAUCUGGCCUUAACCACGUUGGGAUCGGCGCUGGUGGUAUUCCUGGUCUGAGUGCUGUUGGUGGCGGGGGCGGCGGGCAAGACUUGUUGCAGUCACUAAUGAACAGUUGUGUUGGUGGAGGAGGAACGGAUUUUCUGCAAUCGUUGCUGGGCGGUGGAAAUGGUCUUGAUUUUCUUGGAGAUGGUGGGCUUGAUCUUCUCGGCGGUGCACUUGGAGGCCUUGGCUGCUGAAUAUCCACGAGUCCUGAGGAAUGAAACUUGUCUGGAAACCCCGAAUGUUCUUUCCUUUCCUUUGUAUCCUGCAAUAAUUUGCUUUCUAUUCCCCGGAUAAAAUCCUUGCCGUAUUAAUUUGUAUAUGUUCAGAAAUUAUAUAUUGUAUCUUUGUAUUCAAGUUGA